UAGCAUAGAUAAACAGUCUAGUCAGCCAAUGUACCCCCCACCCUUGUUUUCUCGUUCUUUAAAAUCCGCACGUAGCCUAUACCGUAGGGCAGGGUAGUGGAUUUGAGAUUUGAGACGUGAGAAUGUCUCGCGGCUCCAGUGGAUGACGUAGUUACGUUUUUAGUAUACAGAAAGUUUUGGUGCCCAGAUUUCUUGCCAAGAAACAUGGAGUCUAAAAAAUCGUAUCGCUUUCCUCUUUUGUACCAAGUUAUUGUUUUAACGCUUUUCUAUGGACGCUGUUUUGCAGGUGACUGCCCUGCUGAUGGACGCACAUGGGUUCCUUUUGAACAGAGCUGCUACCAUUUUGUCCAUGGAGAAGAAAACGUUGCAAAAAGCUACACAUUGCAGAGUGCAAAGGAUAUCUGUCUGGGAUUUGGGCUCCUGACUGUAAAGAGUGCAGAAGUUAAUAACUUCAUUGUAAAGUAUAGUCCCCACGUUUGGAAAGACAAUGUUCAUGUGUGGCUGGACAUGAGUUUCAACAUGGACGAUGACAGUUUGGUGUGGCACGAUAACACGCGGGUGACGUUCGUGAACUGGGACAGCGAUGCCCCCAGCCUGGCCAGAGCAGACGUCUGCGCAGCCCUGAACGUCACCACGGGGAAGUGGAAGCACGUCAGCUGUGCGGAGGAGCGCGAGAACGGGGUGGUCUGCGAAGCGGCCCAGAAAACAGAAGAACAAAAUUCCAAUCACAAUCCCCUGCUCACAGCCCUGGUGGUCCUGAGCGUGCUCAUCAUCGUGGGGGUCUCUGCCAUCCUCUGGUGCGUGCAUCAGAGGCACAACUUCGGCUCCGUGUUCACAGCCUUCGAGUACCACCCCCCGUUCCGGUCCCCCACCGCCGACGAGGCGGCCCUGGUGGACUCCGAGGAGACGGAGGACAUGGCGUAACGCCCGCGGCCUGGCCCAGAGCAGGUCGGCCAUUCGGCCCCAUCACAGGACGUGUGGGCUUAGGGUUUCAGCACCGCUUAUGCCGUUGAAAAUGUCAUUCCCUAUUGGGCGUGGGUGUACUAAAGGUGAUUGUUUAUAAUUGAGGAAAGUAAACCUCUCCUUUGAGAGAGGUAGUGGACAGUGAUUGCCCUCCCCCUAGUCUCUGUUGCCUUGGUUUUGCUGGUGUUCUUUUGGCUGCGCUGUGUUGACUACUAUGACUUUUGUAUCUUGGGUUUUAUGUUCUGGUUUUAAGAUCAGUAGGCAAUGCAUGUACAUUGCAUUUCUCAAUAUGCAUUUCUCCAGUUUUCUUUUUCCGGGUGACACUGACUACAGUGGCUUAUCACACUACUUUCUGGGGAGCAGGCUGACUUGUGAUUUGCAUAAAAAGCACAAAGGGGUCACAAGAAUAAACGCAUGUUAGUUUUGUUUUUACACAGUAUCAGGUAAUGUACCUUUUCUCUCAUUUUAACAACUCAAAUCCUUCCACAAAUCACACGGCUGGACCAAUCUUCCUGCAUUUCCAUUGGCUGGGUCAGGAAAUUAGUUAUGUAUCAGUAUUGCAAAUCAGACUCAGUUAAUAUUUGAAAUUAUCUUUAUAUACGUGCUAAGGUGUCCGUAGAGAUGCUUGUUUGCAAAGUAUGAUUAUGGCUUGGUGCUUUGCAGUGAUUAUUUUCCUCCACAAUAUUUAAUGUGUAUAUUAUACAAGGAAAACUGAAAAGGCUGGACUCAGAACUAAGGAUCUUUUUCCAUUUUUAUAUGUGGUUUUGGUCAGAAUAUUGGGGAUUUAGCAUGAACAUCAAAGCAAAUUUUAGAAUUGCUGUCUGUGUGUACCUUGAAUAGGAAUAGGACGUUUUUAUUCCGUGAGGUGCAUUAUCUGGCUUGGCAGUCCUCUUUGGGGUUUUGUCUCUGCUGGUUUUGGUGUCUGAAGUUUCAGUAUUAAUUCAUUGAAUGGGAGAGGGGCCGUAAUGAUUUUGGCAAACAGUGUGGAACUAAAGUUUGUAAGUAUUAAUUGUAUUGCCAUGCAUUGUAUGCACUUUACACACUGAGCUAUACUAAUGUGUAUGCAUUGAUAAUCUUUUGAGCUUGACAGAAAUGAAUGUUCUUAAAAAUGCAUGCAUCGUGUGUUUUUGAGGUGUUGCUUUCCUAAAUGCAUAACCGCUUCUUAAAUCACGUUUUUUAAAUUUACACCAAACUGCAAAUAAAUGACUUUAAAAUAA